GCUUCCCGCCCCUAUCGCUCCUUCCGGCCCAUCUCCCUCGAGGGUUUCUGCGAGUCGUUACGCGGGUAAAGGAAUUUAGUUUCUGGCAAGAUGGCGGGGGCCGAGGCUGUAGUGACUCUGGGCCAGACGCAUCUUUGUUGUCAGGAUCUCGCCACCUUGGAUGUUACCAAGUUAACUCCACUUUCACAGGAAGUUAUCAGUAGACAAGCCACAAUUAAUAUAGGUACAAUUGGUCAUGUUGCUCAUGGGAAAUCCACAGUUGUAAAAGCUAUUUCUGGUGUUCACACUGUCAGGUUCAAAAAUGAACUGGAAAGAAAUAUUACCAUUAAGCUUGGAUAUGCUAAUGCUAAGAUUUAUAAACUUGAUGACUUAAAUUGUCCUCGGCCAGAAUGUUACAGAUCUUGUGGAAGUAGUACACCUGAUGAGUUUCCUACAGACAUCCCAGGAACCAAAGGGAACUUCAGAUUAGUCAGACAUGUUUCCUUUGUUGACUGUCCUGGUCAUGAUAUUUUAAUGGCUACUAUGCUGAAUGGUGCAGCAGUGAUGGAUGCAGCUCUUCUAUUGAUAGCGGGUAAUGAAUCCUGUCCUCAGCCUCAGACUUCUGAACAUCUGGCUGCCAUAGAAAUUAUGAAGUUGAAACAUAUUAUAAUUCUGCAAAAUAAAAUUGAUUUGGUAAAAGAAAGUCAGGCCAAAGAACAGUAUGAACAAAUACUUGGAUUUGUACAAGGUACAGUAGCUGAAGGAGCACCUAUUAUUCCCAUUUCUGCUCAGCUGAAAUACAAUAUUGAAGUUGUCUGUGAGUAUAUAGUAAAGAAAAUUCCAGUACCUACAAGAGAUUUUACCGCAGAACCUAGACUUAUUGUUAUUAGAUCUUUUGAUGUUAACAAACCUGGCUGUGAAGUUGAUGACCUCAAAGGGGGUGUAGCUGGUGGUAGUAUUUUAAAAGGAGUAUUAAAGGUGGGACAGAAGAUAGAAGUCAGACCUGGUAUUGUUUCCAAAGAUGGUGAUGGAAAACUCAUGUGCAAACCAAUCUUUUCUAAAAUUAUAUCACUUUUUGCAGAACAUAAUGAUCUUCAGUAUGCUGCUCCAGGUGGUCUUAUUGGAGUUGGAACAAAAAUUGACCCAACAUUGUGCCGAGCUGACAGAAUGGUGGGGCAGGUACUUGGUUCAGUUGGAGCAUUACCUGAGAUAUUCACAGAAUUGGAAAUUUCCUAUUUCCUACUUAGACGGCUUCUAGGUGUGCGUACAGAAGGAGACAAAAAAGCAGCAAAGGUGCAGAAGCUCUCCAGGAACGAAGUGCUCAUGGUGAACAUAGGAUCUCUGUCUACAGGAGGAAGAGUUAGUGCAGUAAAGGCUGAUUUGGGUAAAAUAGUUCUUACUAAUCCUGUAUGCACAGAAGUAGGAGAAAAAAUUGCCCUUAGUCGAAGAGUUGAAAAACACUGGCGUUUAAUUGGUUGGGGUCAGAUAAGAAGAGGAGUGACAAUCAAGCCAACAAUAGAGGACGAAUGAAGAAUUACAGCUAAAUAAUACAAUUGGAUGAAGGCAGAGUUCUUCUUAUUUUUAAAGCAAAACUGGGAAAAUAAUUUUAUAUCUUAUUACCUUACUAUAUCCUGUCAGUUUUAUCUCAUUUUUGUCAGGAAACUUAAUGUUGUUGCUUCAAUAGAGUCUCCAAUAAAUACUUAAAUUAACAUAUUUCUGUAUUAACCUAUGUUUUAGUUGACAUUAAUGAUACAUAUUUUCAAAGUCACAUGUCAGUGCAGCUGUGAAAUAAAAUGGGUUAUUAUAAACAACUUUUGCUGUAUCAUACACACUGCUGAUCUUGCUUGAAAAAAAGUUUGCCGUAUUUUCUGUGAUUUGUGUUUUAGUAUCACCAGGCUAAGAGGACUGCCACCCAUGUAGAAACUUGAAAACAAGAAGUGUCCUUGAAGACUGGUUACAUUUGCCUUAUGUUGUUGUGACUUUAAAAUAUAAAAUGAAAAGAAAAUUCGUUUAAAAUAAAGUGAUCCUUUUGUGCAUGAAAAUUGGAACUCCUCUUACUUUGUUUCUACUUUUGGUAUUCAUCAUGUUCUCGGCCUUUUGCUUUGUA